UCGUCUGCCUCUUCGUCUCUUCUUCUUCUUCUUGUUCUUCUUCUUCUGCGUUCACUUUGUACCGAAAACACAAUUGCAGGGAGAUUGCUUCAGGGGAGAUUUGAGGAGGAUUCAACUUCGUUUCUAGAUUAGAAGGAAUCGGAUGGGGGAGGAGAAGAAGAAACCGGCGGAGGAGACGAAACCGGCGGCGGCGGAGGAAUCUGCCAAGGCGGAGAAGGCGGCGGGAGAUGCGAAGAAAGAGGAGAAGAAAUCCGACGAGCCGCAGGAAAUCGUUCUCAAGGUGUUCAUGCAUUGCGAGGCGUGCGCUAGAAAAGUUCACCGCUGCCUUAAAGGCUUCGAAGGCGUUGAGGAAGUGAAAACGGAUUGCCGAACAAGUAAGGUUAUAGUGAAGGGGGAAAACGCAGAUCCGGUGAAGGUUUUGCACCGCGUGCAGAAGAAAAGCCACCGCCAAGUCGAGCUGAUAUCGCCGAUCCCGAAACCGCCGGCGCCGGAGCCGCCGAAGCCGCCGGAAAAUGAGGCAACCAAACCAGAGGAGAAAAACGAGGAGCCGCAGGUGAUUUCAGUGAUGCUAGGGGUGUUCAUGCAUUGCGACGCUUGCGCUCAAGAGAUCAAAAGGCGAAUUCUGAGAAUGAAAGGAGUCGAAAGCGCAGAGCCAGACUUGAAGAACUCCAAGGUAGCCAUAAAAGGCGUAUUCGAUCCGGCAAAGCUCUGCCAGUACGUGUACAAGAGGACCGGGAAGCACGCGACGAUCAUCAAAGUCGAUCCGGACAAGAAGGAGGCAGCAGCAGAGGAGCCAAAGCAGGAGAAGAAAGCCGCCGAGGAUGGCGAGAAGGAUAAGAACACCAACAAAGGCACUAACAACAAUGGCGAACAAGAGAAAAACGAAACUGCCACCGGAAAUGCAGAGGCCGAUCCAAUGGUGAUGAAGAAUGAGAUGAUGCUACAAAAUCAGUACCCGAAUUAUGGGCCGGCGAUGAACAAUUUGCAGAUGUAUCCGCAGAGGUACGCGCAGGAGAUGAACGGAUACGGGUACGGGUACCCGCCCCAGAUGUUCAGCGAUGAGAACCCGAAUGCUUGCCGGGUUAUGUGAAGAAGAUGAAGAAGAUGACUGGUAAGUUAUGAUACUAUAAUGAAGUAGUAAGUGUGUUCAUAAGCAUAUAAUGAAUCAUAUAAUGUGGUAAAAAAAUUGAGUUCUAUGAUCGAUCUGGAAAUGGAUAGUUAGAUUAAAAAAAAAAAAGUGUCUUGACUUAUAUUAUCAUCACAUGUUGAUGUGAAUUUGUGUGUGUGUUAUGGAACAUGUGGUCCUGUCUUUUCUUGUUAUAAUUUAUAGAGAGAAUUUUGUGGGGAUUCUUGCUGCUCUGCUAUGCUUAAAUUAUCAAAUAAUAUAUGCGUGUAUAAUAGGGAAAAUUGCAAAAAAUAA